AUGGCGAUGAGUAGAAGAAGAUACCCGGGAGCACAAAACCCGACAGCUUCAUCCGUCAGGCAGGUGCUCUUGAACAGCGCGGCCAGCAGCUCGAAGGUGCAGCCGAUGGAUUGCACCAGCGUCCCGGAGGAGGAGCAGGAGUUGUCCGAGAUCACCGUCCAUCAAUGGUGCAGGCAUAUCGAGGACAUCCUCAACCGCAGCCACAAGGAGCUUUUCUCACGCCUGGAUGCUUGGAUGCUGGAUAGCCUCGCACCUGGCCGA